AUUCCUCGGAGAAAAAUUUCCUAAGAUUAAUCCAACAGCAACCUGCAUCAUAAAGGGGAAAAAAAAAAGAAGAAGAAGAAAUCAAGCCUGCAUCCAUUUAUAUAUGCAGCUGCAUUUGUAGAGAAAACUUAAGAAGAUGGUACCUCAAGGCUUUGCCAACGUUGCCAUGCAAUCCCCUGAUUCCCCUCUGAUUCUUUCCUUCAUCACCUCCGUUGGCAUUGUUGUCAUCAUCCUGUUUUGCCUCAUGGCAGUGUGCGUGAUAGCCGCUUCAUUUGUCAUUCUCCUCAUCUACAUAAUCUGUGAAUGCGUCUGUUGGCCCUUAUUUGACAGAUUCGACUGCGAUCCAGAGCUUGGUCGAGGACUUGGUCGAGGGAUUAAUCAUGCUCGUAUAGUGACAUAUCAAGCAGUCAUCCCUAACUAUUUGCAGCCAUUGGAUACUGUGGACGAAAGGCGAACGCUGAGGCAACAGGCACUGGAAAAACUGUUGCCCCCUAUGGUUUAUGGCAGUGGUAAAUUGCCCUUGAGAUCUGGAGACUGUGCCAUUUGCCUGGAUGAUUACAUGGUUGGUGAAUUGUAUCGGGUUUUUCCUCCUUGCAAGCACAUGUUUCAUUUGAAUUGUAUAGACAACUGGUUGUUGGACAACUUGACUUGUCCUGUUUGCCGAAAGUGUGUCUUGGAUGAUUGAGCACCAGCUUAUUCGUAUUUGAUGAUCAUUGUCACAGAGAAAACCAUGCAUGGAUAUAAAUUCAGUUCUCUUUUCUUUCUUUCUUUUUUUCUUGUGAUUAUAAAUUACAGCUCAUUUCACCCCUUUUAAUGAAUGAAAUUAAAACUG